AUGGCGAACAAUCUUCUUCAAAGUCCAACGCAUGCAAGCACAAUUCCCUUUUCUCGGCCCCCAACUCCCGGAGUACACCCUCCUCAAAUCGGCUUCUGUGGUCUUGGGGCCAUGGGCUAUUUCAUGGCCCGCAAUCUAGCCAACUCCUUUAAAUCUCAACUGCCUCCUCUCCUUGUGCACAACAGGACUGUGGCAAAGUCUCAGAAACUCCUCGCAGAACUUGGCGCAUCCGCCGUCAAAAUCGCCGACUCUCUCGGUCAGCUAGUUACAGAGUGCGACAUUAUCUUCACUAAUCUCGGGAAUGAUGCUGUGGUAACGAGCAUCUACAACGAGUUUGCAAAGGCUCUUGCUCAAUCGCCUCCAACCAAGUACAAGAUCUUUGUUGAAAUGAGCACAGUUUACCCUACGUUGGCUGGCGAUCUUGACAGACUGCUGUCGAGCUUUCCGCAUGUCCACUUUGUCACUUCACCUAUCUUUGGACCUCCCCUAGGGGCAGAUAAGGCCACGCUUGUUAUUGCUAUGAGUGGAGAUUACCGAUCCAAGAAGGAAGUCGCCUUUCUCCUUGUCCCCGCAGUGGGCCGCAAGGUGAUUGAUCUCGGAGGAAAUGUAGAAAAAGCUCCGACACUAAAGUUGAUCGGUAAUGGUAUGAUCAUGGGCAUGAAUGAGCUCCUCGCCGAAACUCUGACGCUCGGAGAAAAGUCUGGCAUUGGACAGCAGACUGUAUACGAUCUGGUCAAAGAAAUCAUGCCAGCACCAGGUUUAGUGGCCUAUGGUAACAGGAUGGUCAACGACUUGUUUGAUGGCUCCGUAGGUUUUGCCAUAGAUGGUGGAAUAAAAGAUGCCAAUCACAUCCGCCGCCUGUCCGCGGAGCUGAACUGCCCGAUGCCUGCAGUUGAUAACACGCAUCGUGGCCUGAUCACCGCCCGGGCGAUACACCAGGCACAAGUGCUUGCAGGGACACAGCAGUGGGACAUCAUAGACUGGAGCUCAUUGAUUGCAAGCAGCCGAGUUGCUGCUGGAUUGAAUCCGUUCGACAGCAAGAAGGGAACAUGUGUCGUACGAGAAGACUGAGGAACGCUAAAUCAUCUCAAGCAUUUGAAGUCAAAUUAGACAUGUAACUUUGGAAUCGUAGAAGAAAUGAAAACCUCCCUUCGUCGACAUAAGAUGGUUGGUCGUGAGACUAGAAAUACCUGCAGGUGUGCAAUCCAUGUUCG